AGGAUCAUCUCCCACAUCCAGACCUCCAGGAGCCUCCACAUCAUGUGUGGAAUCCCAGUCUUCUGCUGGAUCACUGCUACAGUUCUGGAGCACAUGUUGAGCAGCGAGCAGAGAGGAGAGCUGCCCCAGACCCUGACUGACAUGUACUCCCACUUUGUGCUGGUUCAGACACACAGGAAGAAGCUCAAGUACCAUGAAGGACCUGAGACGGGUCCACAGGAGCUGACGGAGGCUGACAGGGAGCUUCUUCUGAAGCUGGGCAGGAUGGCCUUGGAACAUCUGGACAAAGGAAACAUCCUGUUCUACCAAGAAGACCUGGAGCAGUGUGGUCUGGAUGUGACUGAGGCCUCGCUGUACUCUGGAAUCUGUACUCAGAUCUUCAGAAGAGAGUCUGUGAUCUUCCAGAAAGCCGUCUACAGCUUCGUCCAUCUGAGUGUUCAGGAGUUUCUGGCUGCAGUCUCCAUGUUCCACUGUUUCACCAGCAGGAAGAGAGACGCACUGAAGACCUUCUUUGGAGAGGAUCAUGCUUUCAGAUCUCUUGAUGAUUUGCUGGUGGUCGUCCUGGAGAAAUCCGUCAGAAGUGGGAACGGCCACCUGGACCUGUUUGUCCGCUUCCUUCAUGGCCUCUCUCUGGAAUCCAACCAGAGACUCUUAGAAGGUCUGCUGGGUCAGACAGAGAUCAGUCCAGAAAUCAUCCAGAGAGUCAUUGAGAACUUGAAAAAGAUCAACAGUGAAAAAGUGUCUCCUGACAGAAGCAUCAACAUCUUCCACUGUCUGAUGGAGAUGAAGGACCUCUCAGUACACCAGGAGAUCCAAGAGUUCCUGCAGUCAGAGAACAGAUCAGAGAAGAGACUCUCUGGGAUCCACUGCUCAGCUCUGGCCUACAUGCUGCAGAUGUCAGACCAGGUCCUGGAGGAGUUAAACCUGAAGAACUACAACACAUCAUGGGAGGGACGAUUCAGACUGAUCCCAGCUGUGAAGAACUGCAGGAAGGCUGAUCUUUCUGGCUGUAGACUCUCUGGUCCUCACUGUGAAGUGAUCUCCUCAGCUCUGAAGUCUGACCCCUCCCAUCUGAAACAUCUGAACCUGAGUGACAACUACCUGGAGGAUUCAUCAGUGGAGAUUCUGUGUUCUGGACUGGAGAGUCCAAACUGUAAACUGGAGACUCUGAGGUUGAGGAGCUGCAUGUUGUCAGAGAUCAGCAGUUCUUCUCUGGCCUCGGCUUUGAAGUCCAACCCCUCCCUCCAGAAACAUCUGAAACAUCUGGACCUCAGUGAGAACGAUGAUUUUCAUUCAGGAUUUGAGCAGCUGUGUGGUUUUCUGCAGAGUCCACUCUGCCGUCUGAAGACUCUGAGGUUGAUUGACUGCAGUUUGUCAGAGAUCAGCUGUUCUUCUCUGGCCUCAGCUCUGAAGUCCAACCCCUCCCACCUGAAGAAGCUCGACCUGCGUUCCAACCAGCUGCAGGCUCCAGAUGUGCAGCAGCUGGUUGAUCUUCAGCAGAGUCCAGACUGCAGCCUGCAGACUCUAUGGUGCGAGGAAGACAUCAAGUACGACUAUGAGGAUGACGAUCAGGAUUACUCUGAGGACGACUAUAAGGAUGACUCUGAGGACGACUGAGAGCAGAGCUUCAUCCAGAGGACCUAGCAGAAGCUCUGAGUGUCAGUGGUACAGUUUGAAGAGCUGUGAGAGUCCAGCAUCGAACCAGGGUUCCUCAGGAUGUGACAAAGAUUAAUCGCUGUGUGUCCUCCUCCUCCUCCUCCUCCUCCUCCUCUUCCUCCUCCCCCCUGUUUGAGACAUUCCUCUUUCUAAUCAAUCUCAUCAUCUUGUGGGCUCUAAAGAACUGAUGUUGGCUGAAAAUAUAAAAUCAGUUUGUAAACUGAAGUCUGUCAGGAAAUUCCUCGUUGUUAUCAGUCUUUUCAUGUGAUCUGUAAUCCAUUUCUCUCUGAGCUCAGUCAAUACAGAACAUUUUUCAGUAGCUUGAAUGAAAGUGAGCAGAAAGAAGAAUGAACUAAUCUUCUCUGCUCCUUCAUCUCAUGUCAUCAUAUUCUGUCAACAUUGAAAACCAAACAGCAAACAACAGAAACCCCAGAGGAGAACCAGCAGACAACUCCCAGACAGCAGCAGAGUGAGCGGCCUGCAGCCUCUCUGGCUCUUCACACUUCUGCUUCAUAUCAGAUCUUCUUUGUGCUUCUUUGUGUUUUGGUGGUGACUCGGAUUGAAAACAUUGUGAAUGGGGUGUAUGAGGUACAUUCUUAUGAUUCUCGAUCUAGAUUGUUCCAUAACUGGACUCCUUGUACUGAAAUGCGAUGUUCCCUCACUGUGGUUCUCGAUUUAGGUUUGGAGAAUGUUGUGUUCUGAACUGCACUGUUUUGGCCUGGUUGGGCUUCCGUAGUACAAUGGGACGUGUCUGGGGGCAUUAGUUAGCGACCCCACCUUUUUGUCUGUCACCUGUUGGCAACUGAGAAGUAAAGUCCUCCGUGUUAACCCGAAACUCAUCUCUCCGUCUCCUUCAGUAUGUAAGUCCAAGUCUUGUACAAUCCGUAUGGGACAUAACAGUGAAGAUCCCUGUUCCUUGAAGUUCUAGCUACUUUUGUAUUUUGGAAAUCCGCUGUGAAUAUCCAUGACUGAAGUGUUCUUUUUUUGUGUGUGCUUUAUACAUAAUUUUCACAAUACUAUAAUCCACCAUGUCAUGAAAUUUCAAUGAUUUUAACUAAAGCAAUAAUAUUCUUAAUUCAAGAAGCUUGCUAAGAACAAUCAAUAAUGCAAGAGAUUUCAAUAGAAAGACAAACAAAACAGCAACAUUUAAAAAAAAAUCUUUUUUUUUCUUAUUCUGCUGAAAAAGGAGUGAAAAGAAGAGAACUUGUUUCAUCCCAGCCCAAAGUCCUCAUCAGUCACUUGAUGGUGAAUUUGUGUUCAAACGCUUCCUGUCAUCAGGUCAAAGACAUCAAGAACCGUAGAGUAACGGGUUAAACAGCAAGUUCCUGUGGAAAAGAACAGACAAGUCGACGUCUCAUGACAGUGUUAGGUAUCUACUUUAAUUAGCGCUACUACUAUGGGACAAUUGUGUCAACUGCACAUCAGGCCGUUGUGACACUUGUUCCUGAGACAAGUACACUUAGUCUAUAAGAUAUUCUGUUAAAGUGUAAACAUACCCACAUGUUCCGGAGAUAUCAACACACACACACACUAGUGAACCAAACAUAUUUGAUAAGGAUGUCAGCGCUUGGUUGGCAGCUGACAUCAACACCAAGUUGUCCAAUUACGAACAAAGUCCAACCUAUCUGUCAGGGCAGGCCCAGCCCAGAAGAACAUGGAAUAAAAACUCUGUCUCAUCAAC